AUGGCGGCCUUUGACGGCACCGCCACCUACGCCGAGUCGGACGCAGACGACGAGUACGAGCGCAGCAUGCACGGCGACCACUCCCCCGUCGGGGACUCAGAGGCCUCCCCUGUAGACUCGGAGCUGUCCAUGGGCACCGUGUCGACCGAGCACACGCCCACCUACGACGCCCACGGCGGGAGGAGUUCCAGCGCCGCUGAUCGGCUGCCCGAAACCAUCAUAACCGACUGGACGGCGGACGAGUGCGCCGACUUCAUCGGGAGUAUCGGCCUGGAGCAGUAUGCCGAUGCCUUUAUCGAAAACGAAAUCGUCGGAGAGGCACUCGUCGCUCUGCUCCACGAUGACCUCAAGAGUAUGGGCAUCAGCAGCGUCGGCCACCGACUCACCAUACUCAAGAGUGUCUACGACGUGAAGAAGGCUCAGGAUGUGCCGUUUGAGAGCGACCAAUACCUGCCGUUAUCCGCCGACGCAGAAGCACAAUACGAGACGGCCACGCUCAAGGACAUCAAACAGCUGGUAGAGCAGCUACGACUGAGGGACGAGCGCAUGAACCUUCUAGAACAGGACCUGCGGCGGAUGACGGACGACUUCCGACGGCUCAGAGAGGACAUGCUACCGGCCCUACGCCUGGUCAAGGACGCCCAGCAGCCGCUGCCCAACCUCGGCGGCGGCGGCGGCGGCGGCGGCGGCGGCAUGUCCAGCGCCCAGAGCACGCCGGCCUACAGCUACGACGGGUCGACACUAUCACCUCCGGCGCCCACGCCGACGCCCCCCGGCGGCAGCGGGGUGAAGCGGCAGUACUCGCAGCGCAAGAUCCUGAUCGGGGCCAUGCCCAAGAGCACGUCGCCGACGCAGCAGACGCACGAGCGGUCGAUAGCCGAGCAGACGCUGGACCCGGCGGGGGCGGCCGAGCGCGCCGUCCUCUCGUCAUCGCACCUGGCCGCCAUGAACGGCUCCGGCCCCAACAGCAGCGGGACCCCGCCCUACCCUUCGCCGAACAUGCCGUCCCCCACAUCCCCCCACACGCAGAUGAACACGCUGGCCUCGCGGUCCUACCGAGCGGCCGACGCGCCGCCACCGACCUCGCGCAGCGACGCCGACUACUCGACCAGCCUCGGACCGUCAUCGUCCGUACGCGACAAGACGACGUCGUCCUCCCGCGGCGGCGGCGGCGGCGGCGGCGGCGGCGGCAACAUGGGCGGCGGCGCACCACCUCAGCGUCGCGAGACGCCGGCGCCGCCGGAAACACCGGGCGGCAGCGGCGGCGGCAGCGCCAACAGCAACGCGUCCGUCGAGAUAUUCAAGUCGUUCCGCGUCAGCAUGGACGACCCGUGCCACAAGGUGCUGCCGGCCGCGCUGAAGAAGUACCAGAUCAACGCGCCGUGGGACCAGUACGCGCUGUACAUCGUGUACGGGGACCAGGAGCGCUGCCUCGGCAUGGACGAGAAGCCGCUCAUCCUGUUCAAGCAGCUGGACAAGGAGGGCAAGAAGCCCAUGUUCAUGCUCCGGAAGACGACGAGCGCCAACGCGGACGGGGAUGCCGUUCCGGGAACGACGACGACGCUAGGCGGCGGUUCGGGAGGCGGCAUCGGGGGUUCCAACCGAGGGAACUCGACUUACGAGCCUCCCGGUGGGAUCAUCUAG